GUGGAUGGCAUAGUCAUCAAUCAACUGCUCAAAGGUCUAUGUGACAGUAAGUGCGCGUCUGAGGCCAUGAACAUAUUGCUCCGACGAAUGCCCGAGUUUGGCUGCUCGCCAGAUGUAGUUUCAUACAACAAUAUUCUCAAGGGCUUAUGCGACGAAAAGAGAGCUGAGGAGGCGCUUCAGCUGCUCCACAUGAUGUCCGAUGAUGGAUGUGGUAACUGCCCACCAAAUGUCGUGUCGUACACAAUCGUCAUCAAUGGCUUCUUUAGAGAUGGACAGGUCGAUAGAGCUUACAAUCUAUUUCAUGAAAUGGAUGACCGGGGGAUUGUGCCGACUGUUGUGACCUACACCACAGUCAUUGAUGGCUUGUGCAAAGCUCAAGAGGUUGACAGGGCCGAGGGCGACCUUUAGCAAUUGAUUCAUAAAGGUGCCAAGCCAAACAAUUGGACAUAUAAUUGUCUCAUCCAUGGAUAUUGCUCUUCAGGACAGGGGAAAGAGUUGGUUCGAAUGCUCAAAGAAAUGUCUGCACAUGGUCAUCAACCAGAUGCUGUCACUUGUAAUUUGCUGCUGGACUAUCAUUGCAAGAAUGGAAGAUGUGCAGAGGCUAGAAAUUUUUUUGAUUCUAUGAUUGAGAAGGGCAUGAAAAUUGAUGUAACUACAUAUGGCACUCUGCUUCAUGGUUAUGCUGCCAAAGGAGCUCUUUCUGAUAUGCAUGCCAUCUUGGAUUUGAUGGCUGGAAAUGGUAUUUCACCUGAUCAUCACAUCUUCAACAUAGUUCUCUGUGCGUAUGGUAAAUGUGGUAUGCUAGAUGAGGCAAUGCAUAUAUUUGACCAAAUGAGGCAGCAAGGAUUGAGUCCUAAUGUAGUUAGCUAUGGAGCAAUAAUAGAUGCACUUUGCAAGUUGGGAAGAGUGGAUGAGGCUAUGCUUAAAUUCGAUCAGAUGAUCUAUGAAGGGGUGACUCCUAAUAUAGUUGUUUUUACCUCGCUAGUUUAUGGACUAUGCUCUGUUGACAAAUGGGCGAAGGCUGAUGGAUUAUUUUCUGAAAUGCUGAAUCAAGGUAUCCAUCCCAAUGCCACGUUCUUCAACACAAUAAUGUCUAACCUUUGCAGAGAAGGACGGGUCACGGAAGCCCAGGUUCUCCUUGACUUGAUGGUGCAUGUAGGUGUCAGACCUGAUGUUAUCUCGUAUACUACAUUAAUUGAUGGCUACUGCUUAGCUGGUAGGAUGAAGGAAGCUAUGAAGUUACUCGAUGAUAUGGUCCGAGUUGGCUUGAAACCAAAUGCUUUUUCGUAUAAUACUUUGCUUCAUGGCUAUUGUACAGCUAGCAGGAUAGAUGAUGCAGUUAGACUAUUCAGGGAAAUGUUAAGAAAUGAAGUUAAGCCUGGAAUUGUCAGUUAUACCUUCGUACUUCAUGGUUUAUUUCAGUCUGGGAAUUUUUUCUGAAGCAAAAGAUUUUUAUCUCAAUAUGAUCAAAAGUGGAAUGCAGCUGGACAUUUACAUGUACAACACAAUUCUGAAUGGUCUUUGCAAAAAUAAAUGUGUUGAUGAGGCAUUCAAAAUAUUUCAGAGUCUAUGUUCUAAGGAUUUUCGACUUGACAUCAUUACCUUCAACAUUAUGAUUGAUGCUUUGCUCAAAAGUGGCAGAAAGGAAGAUGCUAUGGAUAUGUUCACUGCUAUCUCUGCCCAUGGUUUAGUCCCAGGUGUUGUGACCUAUCGCUUAAUGAUACAAAAUCUCAUUAAAGAAGGGUUGCUAGAAGAGUCUGACAAUCUGUUUUUAGCAAUGGAAAAGAGUGGAUGCACUCCAGACUCAUGUAUGCUAAAUUCUCUUGUUAGGAGGCUGUUGCAUAGAAGUGAGAUACUGAGGGCUGGGGCUUACCUCUCCAAAAUUGAUGAGAUGAACUUCUCACUUGAGGCAACCACUACUUCCUUGCUAAUAUCAGUUUUCUCGAGUGAGGAAUAUCAGCACCAUGCAAAGUCCCUGCCUGAAAAGUAUCAUUUUCUUAAGGAGAUCAAUAAAUGAGGAUUUUUUUUCCAGAGGAAUUGGAUUCUCAACUUUGUUGAGACAUCUUUAUGUGGCGUGUAAAUUUGUUGGAGUGAUUAUGUAUGUCUAUUGCAGUGAUUAUUUCUGUCUCAUGCUCUAAUUUACUUGUCAUUUUCUAUGGUCUCCUUUGUUUAGAGAAAUGUUAUCAUGAUAGUGCUCGUCAGUAUGAAGUUUAUCACAAAGUAAAAAAUUAUCUUAUUUUCAGUUGCACUUAUCAUCAAUUUACAUGUUAAUGGUUCAAGAAGUUGGGAUGCUUUUUGUUGCAUAAUUUUCAGGUUGGUCAAGGUAGUCAUGGAAUCUCAAGCACCUAUUCUGAACAAUUUUCAGGUAAACUACCUUACUCAUUCUUACUGAACAUCCGAACCAGAUAGCAAAUCAAGGACAGCAGCCACUGCCUACCUUCUUUGGUUUCACUUCAGGCCUUGACCCAAAUAGACCAUUGUAUAGCUCCUCCUGCUUUUGGUAUAGAGCCUUGCCUUGUUCCGCGACCAACCGAAGCUCCCGAAGGAUCCCCGUAUCUCUUGGAGAGUACUUCUUUGCUUUCAGGAAAUCUACCCUGGCUGAUUCUUUCUGGCCAAGUUCAGAUUUUGGUUUUCCUCGCCAGAAUAGUGCUUCUACACUAUUUCGGUCCUCUGACAAGACCUGAAUAAUAAGAUUAUAAAAGGACAGUCAUCUAAUCAGUAAUUUCUCAGACAAGGCAGGGUAAUUUUGCAGUAGGAACAUAGGAUUGUUCAAUUGAUCAAGCAUCAUAAGUUCAGCUUCACGGAGCAGAGCAGUAGCCACGCGAGGGGUAGGUGGAGAUGUAGUGCGUAUCUACUCCAGAAAGCUUGGGACUCGGUAUUUUUCUUGUUCCCUAGAACACCAUCCACUAUUUGAUCGCGAAGUAGCAUAACCUUUUGAUUUGCAUGUCAACUGGCACACCGAUUAAAAGGUUAUGAUAUCUGCUGAAGAUGAUGGAACUCUGUACGCUCGAGUUUCAUGUAAUCCCUGUUUUUUUUAAUUCUAGCCCACCCACUCACCCAGUUGAAGUGUUGCUUUAUGAUCUUGGUUGAGCGGCGACGCGAUCCGUCCCAGAUGGCUCGCGAGUCGCAAGAGGCCAAGUUACACUGUAGAGUUUGAUGAAACGGGCAAUCCAGAUGAUUACGAGUUCUACGCUUGUCUCCAUGAAAAGAGUGAUGGCUCAAGUGAAGAUGAUUCUGAUGUACCUUCUCAAGAGGAUGGUCAAACCAUAGUGAUUCAGAUGACGGCAGGGCAGCACUCUUAUACCAGAAUUGUAUGAAAAAGUGAAUUGGAAUCGAUAUAUUCAGUGUGAUAAGGAUGAAGAACCAAUGGACAUGAGAUUUCAUGAGCAGAGGUUGUGUAUCCUGCAGUACCUAAACAAGCAGCCAAUAAUUUGUUCUCCCUCAUGGCAUCCACUUGCCCUUUAAAUCUAGCAACAUGUUUUUUGCUGGCCUCCUUUAAUGUCAUGUUGAAUUUGUUGCUGCUGACUCAUCAAACUUGCUAGCUGGAAAAUUUUAUGUUGGAUCUUUUUUGCUGCUGUUUUAAACAUAUGUCAUAUAGGUCAAAUUGGUGAAAGAAACUUCGGUCCUCAGCUUUUCAUCUAAUGCAUGAAGGGCUGACCACGGCAUCUUUUUGUCAUGAUGUUCCUAGAAUAUUGAAAAUUGCUUCGCUCAAUGCUUACUCAAGUUUUAAGUUUUUUUUUCUGAUGUGCCCUUAUAGCCUGCACCAAAAUAACUAGUUACAGUUCCAAAACAAUACAUUUACAGUGAUAUAAACAUCGUCAAACCAAUACGCAACAACUGUAAUGGUACAUAGGGAUAUAUGUAGUUUUUAGUUCUAUUUAGUCAUAAAUAAGACACCUGAUACUAGUUGAGUGGUCAGUCCUAUUCUUGCUGUCUUUAUAUUUUUUUGGCUCCUCACGCUUCUUUUGCUUUCUUUCUUUUUGCUAGCUGGUCCUUCGUGGCAUCCACUUGCCCCUUUUCAAUCUAGCACCAUGUUUUUUGCUGGCCUCCUUUAAUAUCAUGUUGAAUUUGUCACUGCUGACUCACGAAACCUACGUGCUAGGUCAAUUUUUUUUUUGUGUGUGUGUAGAUCUUUUGGCUGCUGUUUUAAACUUAGGGCCAAUUGCAAAACUGCCCCCGUUUUAAACUCUAACUGCACGUUUGCCCUCAUUUUUUCAUCUUUGCAUCGUUGCCCUCGUUUUUUUAGUCUGAACGCUAAAGUUGCCCCUGCUCUGUCAAGUCCAGUUCACGGUGUGAAUUCAGGAGUGAAAGGCUAUUGUACCCUUGGAUACAUGAGUGUACAGCAGAGCAGACAAAGUCAAUACAACACACGGCACAGCGACUCAUGGACCUCAACGAGAUUCAUCGAUGCUGGUCAUCUUCCACCUCGCCGGCUGCCGCCGCGGACCGUCACUCAACAGAACGUCACUCAACAGAACGGGAUCCUCCGCCGGCACCACUCGCCUCCCGCCGUUCGCGCCGGGCGCGGCGCCGCAGCCGGGGGCCGUGUGUCGCUUGUCACCCGCGCUGCAGCGUUGGUUGCCGCUGGCCACCCACGUCAUGCUCCUGCUCGCCGCCCGCCGCAGCCGCCUAGGGCCGCGCCAGCCGCUGCCCAGAGCCGCGAGCCACGCCGCUCGCCUCCCACGCUAGUUGCCACCCGCGCUCCGCCGGCGCUGCCCGCCGCCGCCUUGGGGCCGCGACAGCCCCCACGAGCCACGGGCGCUCGCGCGCCACUCUCCGCUGCCCGUGCUACUAGAGAAGGGGCGCAGGUCAGUGACGCCAUGGAGGAUGGCCCCGGUGUUCAAUCCGGCGUCAGAGGGGUGCGGGAGAGCAGCUCGGUGGAGGGGCGCGGGGCGGGAGAGCGGCACCGCAUGCCGCACCAGCGCGGCCCAGCGUCGGGCAAGCUGCCGCUCCGGGCCGCGCGCAGCUCGAGCUGCCUCCCAGCGCUGCUCGCCCCGCACUCUGCCUCAUGCUGCUGAGCUGCUCGCUCCUCUGCCGCUCCAAGCCCAGCGCCGUCGCAAGUGGUGACUGGUGAGGGAUGAGGAGGCAUAAGGCAGGGGCAACAAUGUCAGUGCCCAUCCUUUUGUCUUGUAUACAUUAGUUUUUUUUUCCUCUUUUAAUCAGUACGAGUAGAUUCUGGUGACGCUGUUGGAAAAGAGGGGCAGACGGCCAGCUCGCGUUCAAAAAACGAGGGCAAACGUGCAAAGUUGUAAAAGCAGGGGUAAACGUGCAAUUGAAGGUACAAAUGAGGGUAGUCAUGCAAUUAUCCCUUUUAGUAUUUCUGAUUUGCCCUGCAUAAGAAUCAAGAUCGCUAAUGAGUUGAUGAUUAUACCAGCAAACACUGGGUUGAAGAGGCUUGUGACCGGCUACAGAGAAGAGGAGGAAGAGUGAAUUCUUUUGUUUUCGGCGGCAAGUGAAGAUUUGAAAGCAGUUUUGUCAUCCUGGUUGCUGAUUCUUUUAACAUUUCAAGGCAGAUGUCCACUCGAGUCAUUGCUUAGGAUAACAAUGGCUGUUCUUAGUCAAGCGUUCAUAAACAAUGUAAUAGGUAUAGUCACACAGCAUAGAUAAAAAACCAUGUCUCAUGUAACCCCAUGGGGAUCCAGUAGUAUUAGUGCUUUAACAUUUUUCAACUACUCAUAGACCUUUUCAGCGCUUCUACGAAUUCAAGACAUUUUGUCCCUGAAUAAUAUGUUACAGCAGUAUUGUAUGCUAAAAAGAGAAAUAUGAAUUUGUCUAAAUACUCA